GGCGGCUAGAGUGACGGCGAGGAGACGCCCGUUAUCUACCGUCCUAAUAAAGGGGGUGGCCUUCGUUUCUUCGGGCUCUGGUGGUGGACAGCUCCUCCUGAGGUCACCUCGCUCGGAUCGCCUCUCAUUCCUUUCCCUCUCACGUGAAGAUGGGGCUGUCUUUCACCAAGCUCUUCAGUCGGCUGUUUGCCAAGAAAGAGAUGCGUAUUCUUAUGGUGGGUCUUGAUGCUGCUGGCAAGACCACCAUCUUGUACAAGCUGAAGCUGGGAGAGAUUGUGACCACCAUUCCUACCAUUGGAUUUAAUGUGGAGACGGUGGAAUAUAAGAACAUUAGCUUCACCGUGUGGGAUGUUGGUGGUCAGGACAAGAUCCGACCUCUAUGGAGACAUUACUUCCAGAACACCCAGGGCCUUAUCUUUGUUGUCGACAGCAAUGACAGAGAUCGUAUUGUUGAGGCUAGAGAUGAACUGCACAGGAUGCUUAAUGAGGAUGAAUUGAGGGAUGCAGUGCUGCUGGUCUUUGCGAACAAGCAAGAUCUUCCUAAUGCCAUGAAUGCCGCAGAAAUCACUGAUAAGCUUGGCUUGCACUCCCUCCGUCAACGUCACUGGUACAUCCAGAGCACAUGUGCCACGUCUGGGGAGGGUCUGUAUGAGGGAUUGGACUGGCUCUCAAACAACAUUGCUAACAAGGCAUAGAUAAUGCUGGUUGGGAACCUUGUUGGAGCUGAAAAGAUUAGUACAUAUCGAGUAUGCAAGAGUGCUGCCCCAAGGAUCAAUUUGCUUAUGUUUCUACCUCCAUAGACUCGAGCAUCUGUUGUCAUUUAGAUAAAGAAUGAUCUGGAAAUUUGUUCUCCUUACCUAGCUACUAAAUUUUUGCUAUUUUUCUUUUACCUGCCAAUUGCGUUGUUUGAAGACCUUGCUUGGGUGAUAUAAUAGUUUUAUUUCUACAAAAGAACUUGGUUCGUAUAAGACCUAUCUGCCACUUCCAACACAUGAUUUGUUUGUAUUUCUGUACUGAUAUUUUAUAUACUGUUUGAUGCUUCGUACU